AUGCAUAUUACCUCUAUUGAACAAGCAUAUGCGUUUUACAAAUCAUGUGCUAAGUUAGGUGGUUUUUCUACUCGGAAGGGUGGUGAAGUACCCAGUGGUGGUAUAAUCAAAACUAAGUAUUUUGUUUGUUCUAAAGAGGGUCAUAAGCCAUUGUGUAUUGAAGAUCGUUAUUUGAAGUCAAAAAAGCAAUUCAAAUCAAGGAACAGGGGGACUAUUAGAACCGGAUGCCAAGCUCAACUUAUGAUUUGCACGGUGGAUGGUAGAUUAUAUACAGUAAAGAGUUUUGUUGAUCGCCAUGAUCAUAAGUUUGUAUGUCCACAUGAUAUUCAUAUGCUGCUAGCGUACAGACAAUUGUCAGAUUUCCAUAUAACGAAGAAACAUUGUGGUGGUUUCGAGAACGUUGGCGCCACGGUUGAUGAUUGCAAAAAUUUUAGGAAUCGAAUUAACAGCUAUAUAGGAGAAUAUGACGCUGACAUGGUGAUUAGUAGGAUGACCGACAAAAAACAGUAUUUAGUUGAUCAUUCGUUUGAAUAUUCUGUUGAUGAUGAAAAACGGUUAACUGGUUUGUUCUGGGCUGAUGGGUUAUGCAAGCUUAACUUUAUGGAGUUUAGGGAUGUGAUAUCGUUCGAUGCAAUUUUCAAGAUAAACAGGUACAAGAUGGUGUUUGUUCUGUUCACUGGGAUUGACAAUCACUGUCGAAAUGUAACCCUUGGAGCUGGGUUGUUGGCAUUGGAGAGCAUUGAAUCCUAUAAAUGGCUUCUGAAUUCAUUCGUAAAGUCAUUUGGUCGGCAGCCAAAGGUUGUAGUGACGGACCAAGACCCUGCUAUGAAACAGGCUAUUGAGGAGGUUUUUUCUACCAGCAGACACCGAUUGUGCAUGUGGCACAUAAUGAAAAAAGUGGCAGAUAAGGUUGGACACGAGUUGUGCAAUAAUGAUGAGUUUAAAAUGAGGAUGUGCGAUAUUGUAUGGACUGAUUCUAUUGAGCCUGAAGAAUUCGAGAGAUAG